GUCACCUCCUCCGGGCGGGGUUCCCCGCUCCGCGGGUGCGAGGCGAGGCGCGGGGCCGGCGCAGGAGCGCAGUGACAGCCCCGCGCCGCCUCCGCUCGUUUGCGGCCUUCUCCGCGUCGUUUUGACUUGCUGCCGUGAGCCAAUGGGGCUCCAUCCGCCCGCUGACAUCAUGAACUAGCCAGUUCCCUCCAGCUGCAGAGCUCUUCAGUUUCUGUCUUUUUUUAAACUAAAAUGGAGGCUGGGUUCUUGCCUUAAGGAAUACACUGCCUUGCCUGCUGGAGCCUAGAUGUUGACAUGUAACAGAGCUGGCAGCAGGAUGGUGGUGGACGCAGCCAAUUCCAAUGGGCCGUUCCAGCCCGUGGCCCUUUUGCAUAUUAGAGAUGUUCCUCCUGCUGAUCAAGAAAAGCUUUUUAUCCAGAAGUUACGACAAUGUUGUGUACUUUUUGACUUUGUUUCUGAUCCACUAAGUGACCUAAAGUGGAAGGAAGUAAAACGAGCAGCUUUAAGUGAAAUGGUAGAAUAUAUCACACACAAUCGCAAUGUGAUUACAGAACCUAUUUACCCUGAAGUAGUACAUAUGUUUGCAGUUAAUAUGUUUCGAACACUACCACCAUCUUCCAAUCCAACGGGAGCAGAAUUUGAUCCAGAGGAAGAUGAACCAACCUUAGAAGCUGCUUGGCCUCAUUUACAGCUUGUUUAUGAAUUUUUCUUAAGAUUUUUAGAAUCUCCAGACUUUCAGCCUAAUAUUGCUAAGAAGUAUAUCGAUCAGAAGUUUGUAUUACAGCUUUUAGAGCUCUUUGACAGUGAAGAUCCUCGUGAAAGAGAUUUUCUUAAAACAACUCUUCACAGAAUAUAUGGGAAAUUCUUAGGCCUAAGGGCUUACAUACGGAAACAAAUUAAUAAUAUAUUUUAUAGAUUUAUUUAUGAAACAGAACAUCACAAUGGCAUAGCAGAAUUACUGGAAAUACUGGGAAGCAUCAUUAAUGGAUUUGCCUUACCAUUAAAAGAAGAGCACAAAAUAUUCCUAUUGAAGGUUUUGUUACCAUUGCACAAAGUGAAAUCACUCAGUGUCUACCAUCCACAGCUGGCGUAUUGUGUAGUUCAGUUCUUAGAAAAGGACAGCACGCUUACAGAACCAGUUGUAAUGGCGCUGCUGAAAUACUGGCCAAAGACUCACAGUCCAAAAGAAGUCAUGUUUUUAAACGAACUAGAAGAAAUUUUAGAUGUUAUUGAACCCUCUGAAUUUGUAAAGGUGAUGGAGCCUCUUUUCAGACAGCUAGCCAAAUGUGUGUCCAGUCCACACUUUCAGGUUGCAGAGCGAGCAUUAUACUACUGGAAUAAUGAAUAUAUUAUGAGCUUAAUUAGUGAUAAUGCAGCAAAGAUUUUACCCAUCAUGUUUCCAUCCUUGUACCGGAAUUCAAAGACGCAUUGGAACAAGACAAUACAUGGCUUGAUAUACAAUGCUCUGAAACUCUUCAUGGAGAUGAACCAAAAACUGUUUGAUGACUGCACGCAGCAAUUUAAAGCAGAAAAACUGAAAGAGAAGCUAAAAUUGAAGGAACGGGAAGAAGCAUGGGUUAAAAUAGAAAAUCUAGCCAAAUCAAAUCCCCAGUACCCAACAUAUAGUGACACGAGUUUGCUGAACAGUCCUGUUGCAAUGGAAACAGAUGGGCCUUUAAUUGAAGAUUUGCAGAUGCUGAAAAAGACAGUGAAAGAAGAGGCUUGUCAGGCACAGAAAGAUCAGAAAAAAGAUCGUCCUUUUGUGCGACGCAAGUCAGAACUGCCUCAGGAUAUCUAUACCAUGAAAGCCUUGGAAUCACAUUGCAGAGCUGAUGAAUUAAUAUCACAUGAUGGGCAUUAAACUACUAAAAUUAAAUAUUUUGGAGGAAAAGUUUUUUUUUUCUGGACUCAGUUCUACAGUAGAACUUACUUUUUUGUGCCAUACAAAUCAGUUACACACAAAGUCAAAGCUUUCUUCAGCCCAGUUCUGUAGGCAAUAACUUUUUAAGAGUAUGCAGCUCAAGAUUAGUAGUUCAAACAAUGGUAAAUUACCCAAUUCCGUUUGCAGAAUAUUGGGUUGACUAUAAUCAAGUGGACACCAUUUUCCUGGAGGUGUUAUCAUAGUACCAUCUAGUUGAUAACAGGCAGUUUUUAUAGUCAUAUUUGAGAAAAGCAUUCUAUAAAUUCUCACUAAAUGAGUGACCAAUAGUUGGUACUAAUGAUACAUAAACAUUCUCAAAUUAUUUGCAAUUUAAGUAUUAAACUUUUUCUAGGAUUUCUCAACUUUACAGUUGUUUCCACAUUGUUGCUGUCUUGUAAUAUACCAGAAGUUUUGAAAAUAGAGUAUUCUUUCGUAUUAUAAAACAUGGCUUACAAACUGGUAACUUCCAUGACAAUCUGCAAUCAUCAUUCCUUUCUAAGAGUUCUGUAAAUUUGUUUCUCCUUUACUUAGGAUAAAGAUAUAUAUCUAUAUAUACCAUGUCCUAAUCCUUUAUGUAUAUUUAAAGCCAUAUUUUCCAGUCUUUAGUGUAUAAUAAGGCACCAAUAUUCCAGGUAUGAACUGGUAGAAGAAUUUUUCCUAAAAGAAACAUUUGUUUACUAUGACUGGGAAUAGACUGAAUAGAAGACUUCAUUUUAAGUUUUGUUUUUCAAGUCAGUGAAAUACUCUUUCUCUGUUUUCUCCCUUAUCUGAGCUUUUAAUACUCAGCGUUUUUCUUGGGCUCUAGGAGUUCAAUAUUCUGUGACAGAUACAAUGCGUGGUUUCAGUUGCAUCAGGUUUUAUCAGGAAGAUGGACAUAAACUUUCAGGAAACACAACGUCACAAGCUUAUUAAAAUAACAAAACAGACCCUUGAAUUCCAUCAUGUUGGAGUUUGAGGGGUUUUUGGUUUGAUUUUUUUUUUUCAAAUGAGUCUAAGAGCUGAGGAGAUAGUAACCAUAAAUUUACCAUGAAAAUAUUUUUGCUGUUAUUGUAAAGAGCACAUGUGCUGCAAAUACACCUCACAAGUGAACUGAAAAUGCAUCUGAGUUGCUGAUGAUCUUCAAAUGCUGCUAUAUAUUCCACAAGAUUACUUGCAUGUAAUGAGCUUUUUGUUGUAGAUGGAAAAGCACGGAAGGAAAAUCUCUUUUAAAAUAUAGUGCUUUGUCUUCAAUAUUUGAUUUCUCUCAGGGUGGCCAGUAUUUUGACUUACUUAUCCUGCUUACAAGCUGUUUGAAAUGUGUUCUGCUACUCUAAAUGGGUGAUUAGUUUCUUUUGUCUCUGGCAGUAACAUGAUAUAGCUUAAUGUUUAAUGUCUUGAUGCAUAAAGAGAUAAAAAUGUGGCUUCUUUAAAAAUAGUUUUGGUUUACUUUUUAAGGAAGUAUAAAGUCUCCUGCAUCCAUUUAAAAAAAAAAACAAUUGCAAAGCAGACAUUCAUAGUAACCUUGUGCAGAUGUAGUGCCUGCUGUUCAUUGGUUGCAUUUAACAUUCAAUUUCCAGUAUUUGUUACAUUGUCUAUUGGAAGAAAAUUGUGGGUGAUAACUAUUGGCUUAAAAGAACUAAAUUAAAUGACCAACCCAGACUUUAAGUGGAAUGUCCACUGUGUCUGAAAACAUUUCCUGUAAAACUUGAAAAAGAAUAUGCUUUACCAUUAGGAUAAACUAUAUAGUAAAACAGUUUAAAGAUGCCUUCUCAUUUUGAGGGAAAAAGGGUGCUUUUUUAAUUGUGUAAAGCAGUGUCUAUGUAUUUUGAUAUACCAUUGUUUGAACUUCCAUCUUUAGCUGGUAGAUUAUCAGUUACCUUUGAUUUUGGGUGUUCAGUAUGUUUGUGCAAGAGGUUGCUGAAAGGAAUUAUUCUUAUGUUACCCAAGGGGAAAAAAAAUACAGCCUGUAUAUCAAUGUUUGAUUGAUUGUGUGAUGCUCAACGUUUAAGAACAUCUUUCACUGUCUGUAUUUAAUUUCUGUUCUUUACUGAAGAUAAACACUCACCAAAAAGGGGAAAUACUUGUUUUUUUAAGGCUUAGAGUUCACCAUAAAUUCAUAUUUGAAGUUUUGGACCACUGAACAUUUGCUUAGGCAAUGCUCCAAAAUCUAUUACCACUAAUGGUUUAGCAUGUUUAUUAUCAAUAUUUACAUGCUGCUUAUAAUCCUAUACUAAACCAUUCUAAAACUAAUACAUCCAAAGCAAAAAGAAAACAUGUAACUUUUGGUGACUGUUGUUCUUCAUAAAGUUCUGUCUGACACCUUUCCCCAUUUUCCAAAAUUACACCUGUACAUCAGGAAUGUCAAAAGUAAUAUUCCAAGUGUCUUUUUAGUGUGGCUUUAGUAUGGCUUCAGUUUAAAAUUGUACAUACAUUGUACUUUGUUUUAUGGUAAUAAGUAAUAAAAAUGUAGACUUCAUAUUUUGUACAGAAUUGUCCUAUGUACAGAAUAAAAAGUUCCUAGAAACAGCAAAAAUAGGUAAGUGACACAAUUAUUUUUCAUUAGACAAUAUCUGUAACAUUGCGUUAGUGGAAUGUUAAGUUCAAAUAUACGUACAUAUUUUUUAA